UUCGUUUAUAAACAUUUAUAGGGAAUAGUUUAACAAGAUAAUUAAAAUGUCUGUGUUUUGGAAUAGUACAAUUGCUAUAGUAAUGAAAGAAAUGAAUCAACAAUAAUUUUCUCCCUUCGUACAUGUUAUAAAUAUAGUGCAAAUGGAAAAAAUGUCUGAUGAUCAUAAUGUGAACAUCAUCAGCGAAGAUGAGGAAGAUAUCGAAAAUGGAUUUACACAACCCGAAUUACAGGGAACUUUAAGUAAAUGGACAAAUUAUAUCCACGGUUGGCAAGAUCGGUACAUCGUGUUAAAGGACGGUACUCUCGCCUAUUAUAAAUCUGAAGAUGAUACAGCUUAUGGUUGCCGUGGUGCGAUUAGUAUUUUCAAGGCUGCCAUUAAACCACAUGAGUUCGAUGAAUGCCGUUUCGACGUCAGUGUGCAUGAUUGUGUGUGGUACCUACGAGCCGAAACACCGGAAGAUAGAAACAGAUGGGUUGAAACUUUGGAAGCUUUCAAGAUGGAUUCUGCUUAUGGCAGUGAGAACAGCCUACGGAGACAUGGUUCAGCAGUUUCAGUCGGGUCUACCAGUUUGUCAAAUGCCAGUAUAUCUUCUUUUAAGAAAGGUCGAGGCUUAAGGGUGAAAUUGGCUGAAAUGGAGACCUUUAAAGACAUUUUAUGCAAUCAAGUGGACACUUUGCAAAGCUAUUUUGAUGUGUGCGCUGAAAUGUUGGCAUCUGGGGAAAGCAACAAUGAUGUACAUAUGGAUGAUAUUGAUGAAGAUUUUGAUGAAAAUAUCCGUGAUCUUCCAACAGAACAAAGAAAUGAUUCACCAUCCCAUCGUUUUAAAGGUCAGCCAUCUAUAAUUACCAAAGAAUUAUUGGCCCAACAUGGCGCUCAUGCAUUAGAUUUCAAAGGAGAAGCUCUGACGUUUAAAGCAACUACAGGUGGCAUUUUAAAUACUUUAUCUCACUGUAUUGAACUUCUGUCCCAGAGGGAAGAGAGUUGGAAAAGAAGGUUGGAAAAAGAAAUAGAUAAAAGAAAAAAGAUUGAAGAAGCUUAUAAGCAAGCACUAUCCGAAGCUAGAUCCAUGCGACCUAUAGUACUUGGUGGACCAGAUUAUGAAGAAGGACCACACUCUAUCAUAAACGAAGAUGAAUUUUUUGAUGCAGUUGAUGCAGCUUUAGACAGAAGUGAACAACAAGAGGAAGAAAAGAAGUUGAGUAGGAGCUAUAGUAAAGAUGAUUCCCACUCUACGUCGCCAUCAUCUGCCAUUCAUCAUCCACUUUGGCCACAAAUUGAAACAAUCACAUUAGAGCAACUACGGUAUGCGAAAAUGGGCGUUGGAGAGGGAGGCUGGCAAUUGUUUGCUGAAGAUGGUGAAAUGAGGAUGUACAGGAGAGAAGUAGAAGAAGGGGGAAUAGUUUGUGACCCCUUAAAAGCUGUUCAUACCGUAAAGGGUGUCACUGGUCAUGAAAUGUGUCAUUAUUUCUUCUCACCUGAGUACCGUUUCGAUUGGGAAACUACUGUUGAAGGUAUGAAGGUCGUGGAAGAGAUUGAUGCCAAAACUCUUAUAUUCCACCAAAUCCAUAAGCGAGUUUGGCCAGCAACCCAGCGAGAUGCUUUAUUUUGGUCUCACAUGCGCCGAGUUCCAAAUGAUGAAGAUCAAGAUGCUCAUGACAUAUGGAUAGUCUGUAACAACUCGACAGAUCAUGAUUCUUCUCCAGUUGGUAAAUGUGUUCGACUAGUGAUGACAGUGUCAUUGGUUUGUCAGACAUUUGUAGAUCCUCCAUCCGAAAAUAAGGAAAUUGGCAGGGAUAAUUUAACUUGCAGAAUCACAUAUUGUUCUAGUAUUAAUCCUGGUGGUUGGGCCCCAGCAUCAGUUUUGAGAGCAGUUUACAAAAGAGAAUAUCCAAAGUUCCUUAAGCGUUUCACGCAGUAUGUUAAAGAUAAGACGGAAGAGAAGCCAAUCAUGUUUUGAAAUGUUUUUCAAAGUGUGCCUCAGGGAGUAUAGUGUUGUGAAGUAUUUUCAUAAAACAGUUUGAUCCAGGGAGUUGAAGCUGAUGGGUUUGAAUAAUCUGAAAUAAGAGUAUGUUUGAAUGUGUAUAGAUCAUUAUUAUUAUUUUUUACUUUUAUUGAGCUUGCCUUAUUUCACUUUGUUUAGUUUUAAAUGCCUCUAAUUUGAUUAAAAUACUCAUUAUAUAAACAUUCCAUUGCAUUAAAAGAUAACUAAAUUUAAGAUAACUAAUAGUUUGAUUGGGGGAAUGCAUAAAUGUAGAAUAUAUUGUAACUUUUUGUAUUAAACUGCAGUGAAUUCUUGCCCAUUAAUAUUUAGGGAUUAAUUGUAUUUCUAUUGAAGAAAUUUCUAAACAAAAAAAAAAAAGUAAAUUGCUAAAUGAGUAAAUAAAUAGCUUUUGAAAUUUUGUUUAACACUAGUAUUGCACAUGUAUGGUUUUGAAGCAUUAAUAAAAUUCCAAGUAAGUUUUAAAAUUCUCUACUUUGCUCCCAUGUUUGCAACUUGUUUAUUCUUUUAGCGAUAGUUGAAUUUUUCUAAAUUUAAAAUUUUAUCUCUACAUGAAUUAUAUAAUAAUUAUAUCGAGUGUGCUAACUAUGCCUGGAAUCAAAAAUGCUGUUGGUUGUUUUGUAUCAUAGUUAUUGGAACUCUUGAAAGUAAUUUAAAGCUUACUGUUAUCCAAGAUGCGAUUACAUUUGGUAGAAAAAUAUAUCCUAACACUAGAACACUAAAACUCCAAGAAAAGCCCUUCCAACCUUGACUAAUUCAAAAUUUCUUUUAUACUUACAAGUAACCCUGCCCAAGUGUGACUCGGCGACUUGAAUAACACUUAGCACAUCAAUAGAACACUUUAAAAUAUCGAGCACUUAUUUUUUUUAUUGGCAAUAAAAAGAUUUUAACAGAUUGAAAUUUACCUCUAAAUAUUGAAUAAUUAUGAUAUUACAGGAUGCAAUAUAGCCUUUUAUUUUAAAUUUUUUUUUUUUAAAAAUUCAAAUAAUGAUUCAAAAUUUGUAAAAAACUUAACAACCUAUAGUUGGCAUGUUGCAGGAUUUUUCUGAAAAUUCUAUAUUUUGGGGUAAAUUAUCCCUUGCAAUCUUAGCCCUUCGUAGGGCUAGUUGCAUAUGAGCAAUUCCAUGUUAGAUAAAUCAUCUUCUUGACCUCACCAUUUCUGAUUUCAACAAAAUUUGACACGAAGGACAUGUAUAACAAAAUAAAUAAUCCUGUCAAUUUUUAGAUUUAUGUUUUGAAAAUUGUUCAAAAUAUAAGCCUGUAAAAAAAACUCAAAAUGUGCGAAGAAGAAAAAAAUGAUAAGUGUGUUCUUACAAAUGACGGUAACUUCUCUCCCGAUUUUAUAGAAUGAAAAUUCAAAAACAAUUGUAAAGUUUAAAAAUAGAGCUUUCUAUAGACACCUCACACAAACUUUCUCGAUUUUUAAGAUCAUUCAUUGUGAAGGGGUUGUAUUGCAGAGGAUGGUUUAUCCCUAUGAAGAGGAUUUUCAGAAAAAUCCUGAAACGCGUCAACUUUGAUUUGCAACCAUAAUUUGAAUUUUGGUACUUGAAAUUAAAAAAAAAAAUUGUACCCUCUAAUAUCCCAAUUAUCCAAUAUUUAGGGGUGAAUUUCACCCCGCUAAAAGUUUUUAUUGCCGAUAUAAGAAAAAUAUGUGUUUAAUGUUUUUGAGUGUUCUAUCAAUGUGCAAAGUUUUGUUCAAAUCGAUGUGCCACACUUGGGUCGAGUUACUUGGAGUAGGACAAUAACAUAAAACCGGGAUUUCACUGCAAAAUUAUUUAUCUUUUUAUCUCCUUUAAAAUAGCUGUUGACUCCCUAGUUUAAACGUCAUGUUAAUGUGAUUGCAUUUUAGAGGAUAUAUGAGCUCUAUAAAUGCCUUUAGGAAUUGAACUUGCUGCCAUCCAAAUAAAGAAUAUUUUGAAAAGAUUGAAAGAGUUUGACGUUUUUGAGCUAAAUUUCUAAACCUUACGUGUGAUUAGAAUUGUCAUUAUAAAUGUCAUUUUAUAAAAUUUCAAGUUGAAAUGUAACCACUUUAAAGAUUUGUUAUUGUAUAUAUGAUGCCGAAUUUAAAAGUUCUUCCUAUUCUGGUCAGUUUUUUUUUUAAUUCCAUUUUUUUAAACUGUGUGGUGUGUUUAUUUUGCUUACUUGUUCUAUCAUGGAUCAAAGAACAUGGGGAAAUAUUUUUAAUUGUAGAUGAAUAUAAUUGCUAAACCUUUGUCAAACAGAUGAGUUGAUGCAUUUGAUUCAAGGCUGAUUCAUAUUUGUUUCACCUUAAAAUGUAAUAUGAUGACUCAUCGAUGGUGCAUGAUAUUUAAAAUACGGCGUAAGUCAUAUCCUUUUGUCCUAAUUAGUUUUGUGUGUCAAACACUUAAAACUACUUUCUAAAUUUCUAAUAGUUUAAACCAGGGGAAGCCCAUGAGGAGUGGUUCUGGGCGAAGACUAGGACAUUGAACUUUGUGGGGAGGGCAGUUUUAGUAGAUAUUUAAUUUCAUUUUGAAGAGUUCUCACUCUUGUGGGGGGAGGGGGGCACCUCUGGUAUAACUUAUACUGUAACUUAGUUUUUGAAAUGUCUUUUCAUUUUCAUCCAAAAAUGUUGAUGAUCCAAGAUGUUUUGAGCAAUUAUCUUUAAUAUGCUUUGCGUAAAAGGUAAUACUUUUAAAUAAUAUUUAUUUGAGUUUUUAAAAUGCUAAA